GAGUCCGUAAGCGCCACCCGAAGAUAUCGAAGCAGAUCCGUCCCUGAUUUUGCAAAGCGGCAUUUGUUCGAAUUUAACGAGAAAGAAAGAUGUCAAUAUUUAUUUGUUCACUGUAAAACAUUGCUUUUUAUGUUUGUUUAUGAACUGCGUUGUGUUUAUCGUAAAGCAUUGAGACAAAGAAGGCGCCAAGAUGUCUGCGAAGAACGCCAGCUCCAUUCAGGUCUGCAUCAAGGUGCGUCCCUGCGAGCCCGGGCUCACUUCGCUCUGGCAGGUGAAGGAAGGCCGCUCCAUCCAUUUGGCGGACAGCCAUGCGGAGCCCUAUGUCUUCGACUAUGUGUUCGACGAGGGCGCCAGCAACCAGGACGUGUUCGACCGGAUGGCCAGGCACAUAGUGCACGCCUGCAUGCAGGGCUUCAACGGAACUAUUUUUGCCUACGGCCAGACGUCGUCGGGCAAGACGUACACAAUGAUGGGCGACGAGCAGAAUCCGGGCGUCAUGGUGCUGGCCGCCAAGGAGAUCUUCCAACAGAUCUCCAAUGAGACGGAGCGGGACUUUCUGCUGCGCGUGGGCUACAUCGAGAUCUACAACGAGAAGAUCUACGAUCUGCUGAACAAGAAGAAUCAGGACCUCAAGAUCCACGAGUCCGGCAACGGGAUUGUGAAUGUGAACUGCGAGGAGUGCAUCAUAACCAGCGAGGCUGACCUCCUGCGCCUGCUAUGCUUGGGCAAUAAAGAGCGAACAGUGGGCGAGACCAACAUGAACGAGCGGUCCAGCCGUUCGCACGCAAUCUUCAAGAUAAUCAUCGAGUCCCGAAAGUCGGACCACAGCGAUGACGACGCAGUGAUUCAAAGCGUGCUGAACCUGGUGGAUCUGGCUGGGUCGGAGCGUGCGGACCAAACGGGUGCUCGAGGAGCGCGCCUCAAAGAGGGCGGUCAUAUAAACAAGAGCCUACUUUUUCUCAGCAACGUUAUCAAGAGUCUGUCGGAAAACGCGGACAAUAAAUUUACCAGCUACCGCGAUUCCAAGCUGACGCGCAUUCUGCAGGCUUCUUUGGGGGGCAAUGCAUUCACAUCCAUCAUUUGCACCAUCAAACCAUCGAUCAUGGAGGAAUCGCAGUCUACCCUUAGUUUCGCCACGCGAGCCAAGAAGAUCCGCAUUAAGCCGCAGGUCAACGAGAUGGUAUCUGACGCCACAAUGAUGAAGCGGCUGGAGCGAGAAAUAAAGGUGCUUAAGGAUAAGCUGGCCGAAGAAGAGCGCAAAAACGAAAACAAACAAAAGGUAGAGCAUCUGGAGAGACGAAUAAAAAACGACAUGCAUAAGAUAAUCUGUGGUCACUCCCUGAGCGACAAGGCUCAGCAGAAGCGACGCCGUACUUGGUGUCCCACUGCAUCGGGAUCGCAUUUGGAGCUAGCAGAGACCGGCACAACUGAAGAUCGAAUUGGCCAAUUUCCAAAGGCCUCCCACCUUCCAAAACCAGUGUUUUUUCCCACUUCAAAUGCCGGCAAACGAUGGGACAACAUUCCGAAGACUAUAAACAUUUUAGGUUCCCUGGAUAUCGCUACCGAUAGCAACUCCAUUAGUGAGGAAUUUCUCCCGGCAGAGUGCAUUGACUUUGGCUCCCCUCACCCAAAUGUCCUCAAACCCAUGUUGACCAUCAGGCAACUGCCAGACCUGCCCCUCACUCCCAAGGGCCCCUUAACAACGGAUAAAAUCAAAAAGGAGAUCCAGGACUUGCAAAUGUUCACCAGCUUAGAGAAGCAUUUUGAGGUGGAGUGCGAAGAGGUGCAGGGUUUAAAAGAAAAGCUGGCCGAGGUUACAGCACAGCGGAAUCAUUUAGAGCAAGAGUCAUUAGCCAAAAAGGAGCGUUAUGAUGAUCUUCAAAAGGAGAUAACCAGCCUAAGAUCGGCCAAUGAGGCUGCGAAUUCAAAGAUCAGCGAAUUGGAAGAGAAACUGAGUACUCUGAAGCAGACUAUGAGCAGAUUGGAAGUGGAAAAUCAGGAGGCCGUGGGCCUCGAGUUUGAGUUUGAGGCUCACAAGAAAUCAUCGAAACUUCGCGUGGAUGACUUACUCUCUGCCCUUUCAGAAAAGGAGUCGACUAUACAGAAUCUUCAAAAGUCCCUUGACAUUUUAUCCCGCGAUGUCUUACGGAACAGCAAGGAGGACCACAUGCUAUCCAUUGCCCAAGAGCAGGAAGACAUCGCCGGCGACAGUAUAUGCAACAAGUGUGCCGAACUAGAGAAGCUGAUUGCAGAUUUAGAGUCCAAGAAAAGUUCAUGCGAGUGUGAUCAGCUCCGGUUGGAGAUCGUCACUGUUCGCGACAAGUUAGAGAGCAUUGAAUCGGCCUUUAACCUGGCAAGCUCGGAGAUUAUCCAAAAGACGACUGAUUGCGAGCGACUUUCGAAAGAGCUAUCCGCAUCCCAGAACGACUUUGGACAACUACAGGAAAGGUACGACGCUCUGGACCAACAGUGGCAGGCUCAACAAGCGGGCAUCAAAACCCUACAUGACGAGCACGACAUGGUUCAGAAGAAAUACCAGAAGCUGCAGGAGGAGUACGAGCAGUUGGAACGCGGGGCAAGAAGUGCCUCCAGCGCUGAGUGUGAACGGCUUCAAAAUGAAAACACAAAGUUUCAAGCCGAUAUCACAUCCCUCAAUAAACGAGUGGAGGAGGCCCAAAACAUGCUUAGGGAAGUCCAAAACUCUGAAUCUACUAUGGAAAAGCUUCGAAUAGAAAAUCAAGAACUAACAGCGAAAAUCACAGAACUGGAGACCAACUUUGAAGAGAUGCAGCGGGAAUACGACUGCCUUUCCAAUCAACUGUUGGAGAGCGUCCAGGAGAACGAUGCCCUGCGAGAGGAGAUAAAGCGACGACCCACGAGCCUUGACGUUGUGUCUAUGAUGAGUUCGGGUAUAAGCUCCGAUUUUGACGAACAGAAGCAGGAGGUCACCCUGGACAGGAACCUUCUACACCAGUUUGUUAAGCUAUCUGAGUCCAUCCAACAGAUAGAGCUGCAGCAUCAUUCCGGCACCAGUCGCCUCUUUAGAGCCCACCAAGCGAAACUGGAUCAGAGCGAGCCAGGACUUAAGCUUUGCCUUGAGUCUGCUGAGUACAUAGAGGAAGACAAUCGUCAAUCAGAUGCAACUGAACCUAUUUGUCUCAAAGGUUUUCUCAAGCGACACAGAUUUCAGAUAAAGCGACUUAGCCAGGAACAUGUAGAGGUGGGAGAGGAGAAGCGACUGCUUGAUAUUAUUUCGCAGCUGGAACAGGAAAUCGAAGAGAAGAGUGCGCUUAUGGAGGCAACAGAGGCAACCAUCAACGAAAUGCGAGAGCAGAUGACUAACCUAGAGUCGGCACUCCUCGAAAAGAGCGUUAUAAUAAACAAGGUUGAGGACUACCAGCGGCAGAUCGAGUCCCUGGAAAAACAAAAUGCGGAGAUGACAAUGGUGUACGAGGAGCUGCAAGAUAGAGUAACAAGGGAGAGCUCAAUGAGCGAGAGUCUGCUCCGAGUUCCACCUGACGAGGAUACCCUUCCAGGAUGCCCUACAACUCCCAGUAGACGAGAACAGGAGGUCGCCACGCUAAGGACAUCCAUAACAGAAUUGCAGUCACAGGUCUGUGAUCUAAAGGCUGAACUUGAAACCCAAUUAAGGCAGAUCCAGUUGAAAGAUGGGAACAUAGCAAGACUACAAACGGAUUUUGAGGAAAUGAGUGAGCGCUGCUUAUCGAUGGAGGUGAGGCUAGCCGAGUUGGAUGAGGAUACUAAGCAAAAACAAGAACUGUUGGAUCGUCAGGCGCAGAAGCUCUCCGAUGACCUAUGCCUUAUCGAUCAGCUUCAAAAGAAAAACGCGCAGCUCGUUGAACAGUAUCAUAAAGCGACAGAAUCUCUCAAUCUCGCGGAGGCCAAGCCGGAUCAGAUGCUACUUUCCUCCCAAUAUGAUAGUCAGAUCGAGAAACUUAACCAAUUGCUAAUGGCAGCCAAAGAAGAACUACACGAUGUGCGGAGAAUAAAAGACGAUGAGAUAAGUGCUUUGCGAAUGGAGUUCCUGCGCCAGAUUGAUACGAGUCAGAAAGAGAACCAAGCCAAGUUCUACGCUGAGUUGCAGGAGACUAAGGAUCGCUAUGAGAGCAAUGUGGCCGAGUUAAAAAAGAAGCUAUCGGAGGUAGAGGAGAUACUCUCCAGCGUUACGGUUCGUUGUCAGGCGGAUUUGGAAGCGCUUAGAUCUGCUCAUAAAGAAAAUAUUUCUCAGGCUGUGGAGGAAAGAAAUAAUUUGAUUGGCCAGCACCAGGCUGAAAUGGAGACGAUCAGGGAAACCUUUAAAGAUAAGCUAGCUGAGGCUAGCUCCCAACAAUCCAAAAUGGAAGAGGACUUUAGAGCGGAAAUAAGCGAUGUGAGAGCCACCCUAAUGGAGCAAUUGAAUCAAACGAAAGAGGAGCGCGAUAAGGCAGCCGCGAAGCUUGAGGAGGUCGAAAAGACACUGGAGCAGAUGAUAAGUAGGGGACGUGUCAUGUCAGACACCAUUACUGAGCUGGAGAAAACAAAAGCUGAGCAGGACUUGGCAGUCAAUAAAUUAACAAUGGACAACAUCGAAUUGGAGAAGCAGUGCAGUAAGACGCAGGAGCAGUUGCAAAUGGAAUCGCUUACUCGAGAUCAAAACAGUUUAGGAAUAGAAGCACAUAUUAAAAAGCUGGAUUUGAUUGUGGCCUCUUCAAAGAAUAGGAUCAUUGAGCUCGAGGAAAAGUGCGGCCAGCAGGUUCUGGAUUUGGAUAAAUGUAGGCUGGAGAAGUUGUCCCUGGAAUCAGAGAUUCAAAAAGCUAAUGCAGAGCAUUCGUGCACCAUGGAUAAACUUCAGGAACUCCAAGCUAAAAUGAAAGUCCUAAGCAAGCGGAGUGAGAUGGAAAAGUGUGAUUUCGAAACUAAGCUCGAGACAUUUACUUCCAAGAUAACCGAUCUCGAAGAAGUCUUGAAGAAGGCACAACAUAAAGUUCUUCUUUAUGACGAUUUGGUAUCGCAGCACGAACGCCUAAAAAUCUCUCUUGCCGAGGCAAAUGAAAUGUCAUCAAACUUGCAAAAGAAAGUUACGAGCCUGCACACGGAAUUGAUUGAUUACCAAAAGGGAAUAUCGAGUCGAGAUGUGGAAAUCAAUGAGCUACGCGAAGAACUGAAGGCCGCUUUGGAUGCAAAGGCAACUGCGAGCACGGAACAAAUGACUCUGGUAACGCAGCUCAAAGAUGUCGAGGAGCGGAUGGCAAACCAGGCAGAAAAGUUCACACGUGAGGCGGCUAAUCUAAAAGGAUCAAUAAACGAGCUCAUCUUGAAGCUCAAUUCCCUGCAAGAAACUAAAGAUAUGCUAGAGUCCGGAAAUGAAGAACUCAAAGAACAGCUGAAAAAUUCCCAAAACCUGCGGAACAUGCUGGAUGAGGAGAGCAAGGUGUGUAUCUCCCUAAAAGAACAAUUGGUCAAAUUGGAAGAAGAAAAAACUAGCCUUGAACAGCAGCUGCGAGACAAUACAUCAGAAAUAUAUCAAAGAUACACGGAGCUUACCAAGGAGUUGGAGCUGGGCCGCAACAGAAAUGCAGAACUUACAAAGAAGUGUGAGGAGCUGUGCUCUGAUCUGGAAAACACAGACCUGAUACGACUCGAUCUGCAAGAAACUAAAGAGCAGCUGGAGAAAACGGUGGAAGAAAACCUUGGAUGGCAACAGAAGUUUGACGAAGUGACAAGGGAGUGCGAAAAGCUACGAUUCGAUUUGCAAUCCAAUGAGGUGCGAAAUGAAAGUAAGGUUCAGGAAUUGAUAAACGAGUGCGAGCAGCUCCGGUCAACUCUGAAAUCCAAGGAAGCCAGUUUUCGGUCUGAGAAUGAAAGCAUGGACAGAACGAUCUCAAGUCUUUUAGAUGACAAACGCAACCUCGAGGAAAAGUUGUGCUCGGUGAACGAUACUGUGGCUAAGCUCGAGACGGAAAUAGCCACGUUGCAAGCACAAAAAAUUAACCCAAAUAACGCUUCCUUUGAGUCAAUUGCCUCAAACGAAUCGCCAGGUGCUCCUGCGCCGCGAAAAAGUCUAGAUCGGAAUGCUGGGCCGAGGAAAUCGAUUCCCUUUGAAUGCGAAAUACGGAAGAAUCGACGAAUCAGCGUCCAUGAUGAGCGACGGCAGUCUUACUGGAACGACGUUCGGGAAUUUGGCAUCAUGACAGAUCCCGUUGACAACAACUGCAACUGUGCGGAGCUGAAUUGCAAGCUUAAGGAGUGCCAGCGGGAGCUCUUCAUUCGCGAGAGUCAAGUGACGGCACUAAAGAUGGAGCUCAACCAUCAUCCGCUGAAAGAUGAGAAUGCGCAACUAACGAAGCGAGUUAUUGAGGAGCAAGACAAGGCAAAGGUUGAGCAGAAACGGCUUAAAAUGAAGAUUCAAGACCUUAAUUCAAAGAUUAAUGACCUCACCACGGCAUCCUCCAAGGAACCAGGAUCUAACCAAAUGGCACACGCAGCUAAACCUGCUACCGUAGCUGCUCAAACUCAGACGGAAUCCGAUCUUGAGGCAAUCCUUGAGAAAACAAACAUAAAGUAUCAGGAUGCGGUUCGCUUGUUGCGCUCCCGUUACAAUCUCAUCAAGGAUCUGGAAGAGAAACUUAGGCAAAACGAAAACAGUGACACCUCGAAUAUUACCUCACUCUCAGCCGGACAAACCAGUGCAUUGAAGGCACAGUGUGAGUCCUUAAAGAGGGAAAUUUCCACUAUCAAAAAUAAGUAUGAAUCCGCCAAACGAAUUUUGGCGAUUCGAAAAGAUGAUUUGGAUGCUCUGCGGGAAAAACUCGCGAAAUAUGAAACAGCUACAUUAGAUAAAUAAGUCACUAGGUAUUAUAUUUGUGUAAAUAUGUGUUUGGGUUUAGUUUAAUUUUGUGUGUCAUUGAUAUGAGUUCAUACAAAGUUCCGAUCUUUUAGAAAUAUGGCAUUUAAUGUGUUGUACUUAAACGUCUCAUAUAUAUUUUAAUUAAAUUGUAUUCAAUAUUACCAAAUUAAAUGGAUCCGCAUUUUUUGAGUAAAACACACAUUGUAUUCAUAACGCGGCUUUAUUGUAAUGUCAAUAAAUAUUUAUAUAACUUUCUAAGCA